GGACUCCAGAGGGCGGGGAAGAGCGGCCCGCGCCGCGGGUCCCCCUGCUCUCACCUGACAGCGGCCACUUCGGAGCGGACUGGCUCGCCUUCCUCAGAGACCUCGCGGCCAGCGCCUGCCCCCCCUGCGCAGCCCGGCGCCGCUGGCUCCAAGGACCCGUGCGCCCCGGUGACGUGCACCCGGAGACUUCCUCUCCCCGCUCCAGGAAAUUCUUCAGACAUCAUGGGCAUUCGAGGACUAAUGAGUUUUGUGGAAGAUCACAGUAAUGAGUUCUUCACUGACGUGAAGUUGCGAGACACCAGAAUUAUCAUUGAUGGCUAUGCCCUCUUCCACCGGCUUUGCUUCAACUCACACUUGGAGCUCCGGUACGGAGGGGACUAUGAUGCUUUUGCAGAUGUUGCACAAAACUUCUUCGAAUCACUGUUUUCUUGUAAUAUAUGCCCGUACGUUGUAUUAGAUGGAGGAUGUGACAUUUCAGAUAAAAAGCUUACAACGCUGAAGGAUCGAGCUAGAGAGAAGAUCCAGGCGGCCCAUUCCCUUUCUGUUGGUGGGAGUGGGUGUGUCUGUCCCCUUCUCACUCGGGAAGUGUUCAUACAAGUUUUGAUCAGGCUGCGGGUACCUUUUGUCCAGUGCUUUUCAGAAGCAGAUCGGGACAUUAUGACGCUGGCUAAUCAUUGGAAUUGCCCUGUGUUGUCAUCAGAUAGCGACUUUUGCAUUUUUGACCUGAAAGUUGGGUUUUGUCCAUUGAAUAGCUUUCAGUGGGGAAACGUGAACACUAGUAAGGGCACGCAGGGCUGUUAUAUCCCCGCCAAAUGCUUUUCUCUUGAUGCACUCUGCCACUACUUCAGCAACAUGAACAAAGAUCUACUCCCUCUCUUUGCGGUGCUGUGUGGGAACGACCACGUUCAUCUGCCCAUCGUGGACACGGUAUUAAGUCAGGUGCGCCUUCCUCCUGGAGCUGCCAAUGCCAAGGGGAGGAGACACUACCGAAUUGUGGGCCUUCUGAGCUGGCUGUCUCGUUUUGCUGGCCCCACCGAAGCACUAGAUAAUGUCCUGAAAUAUCUCCCGAAAAAGGAUCGAGAAAAUGUCCGGGAGCUUCUCUGUUGUUCCAUGGAAGAAUACCAGCCGUCCCAGGUGAAGCUGCAGGACUUCUUCCUGCGUGGUACGUACGACUGUCCGGAGGCCUUGGGUCUGGGUGUGCCAGAAUGGGUCCUCGUGGCUUUGGCCAGAGGUCAGCUGGCUCCUUUUGUCAGCGAUGCCUUGGUGCUAAGACGGACCUUUCUUCACACACAAGUGGAAAACAUGCAGCAGCCAAAUGCCCACAGAGUAUCUCUGCCCAUCCGGCAAGUCAUGUAUGGGCUGCUUUCGAAUGGCUCCGCACCUCUGCGGGGUGCACCCUUGAAUGCGUCGCCUCCUCGGCCUUUGGCUUUCAGUGAAGUGGAAAGGAUUAGGAAAAACAUCAAAAUAUCGAUUGUUGAUGCCGUAAACCUGCCCAAGGAUCAUUCUGACUUAAGCAAAUUGACUGAGCUCUCCUCAGCUAGACGGCAGGCACUUCUCUUAGAAACAUUAAAGGUGAAACAGACCGUCCUGGACCCAAUCCCUCCUUCUUUGAAGUUGCCCAUUGCUGUCAGUUGCUACUGGUUGCAGCACUCGGAGGUCAAGGCAAAACUACAUCAUCUACAAGCCUUGCUGCUGGGGAUGCUGCAGGGGCCCCUGCAUGCCAUAAUCGACAGCCCUGGUAAAGAUCUGCGGAAGGAUGGUGCUAAGAUGUUGUACGAAGAGUUCCAAAGAGUGAAGGAGCAGAUGCAGCCAAGCCCGAGACUGGAUUUAGACACAGCUCACGUCUUCUGUCAGUGGCAGAGCUGUCUGCUGAUGGGGAUGUAUCUGAAUCAGCUGCUGUCCACGCCUCUCCCAGAGCCAGACCUAACUCGGCUGUAUAGCGGAAGCCUGGUGCAUGGACUAUGCCAACACCUGCUAACAUCAACCACUGUAGAAAGUCUUCUGAGCAUGUGUUUUGGGGCAAGGCAACUUUAUGAACACCUAUUCAAUGCCACAAGGUCAUAUGCCCCUGCUGAGUUAUUCCUUCCAAAGGGUAAAUCAAAUUCUAAAAAGAAAAAGAAAAAGAAACAAGGUGCCAGCUGGGCAAAGAACAGAGGAGAAACCCUCUCAGACAUCAGAUGGUGGUAUGAGAGUAGCAAUCGGUUUGGGCUAUUAAUGGUUGAAAAUCUGGAGGAACAUACUUAGGCGUCAAAGUUUGAAUAAAUUCAAUCUGCCAACAGAUGUAUUAUUCUUACUUAAAAUUUUUCCGUUAUCUGCCUUGAAAUGAUUAACUUUUUUCUUUAGAACUAACCUGUUAGGGGAUAAACAUUAUAAUAGAUAAUCUCUGAAUUCCAAGGUAUUUUGUAUUCAGCUUUUAAUAAAUACAACGUGAUUUAA